AUGGAUUCAACGAAGAGUUGUUUGUCGGGCGGAGAAGUACUGAUGAGCCGAAGCCAACUGUCCAGAUAUGACGGUUCGGGUGACUCAUUGGGACUGUAUUUAUCCUUUUUGGGGGUCAUAUACGACGUGUCCAAAGGGUCCCAACACUACAAACCUGGUGGCAGUUACUCAUUCUUCGCGGGCAAAGACGCCUCCAAAGCGUUCAUAACCGGAGACUUCGCCGAAUCGGGUCUUACCGACGACUUGAGUGAACUCGAUAUCCAAAGUUUCGAUGGCAUCCAGACGUGGAUUGAUUUGUAUGAAAAUGAUUACAAGAGAGUCGGCAAACUCAUCGGAACUUAUUAUGACUCAAACGGUUGCGAAACACAAUCACUUCAUUGGGUCCGACAGCAGAUCCAACUCAACAAUCACUUAAAAGAGCAACAAAACGAUGAGUUGAAAGUCUUUCCGUAUUGUAAUUCCGAAUGGAGUGGAGUGACCAACAGUGGGAGGGUUUGGUGCAGUCGAGGCAGUGGUGGUCAGGACAGGGAUUGGGUGGGAGUUCCCCGACAGCUGUUUGUCACCGAGAAGAAGCAGUACAGGUGUGCCUGUGUUCGCGACUCCGGACCACCGACACAACCAGCCAUUGUCUACGCAGAUGAUGACACUCCCAAUGAUAAGACACCUUCAGAUGAAGACAUUGGAGACCUGAGUAAUCCGUUGCUCAAAGAGUAUGACGGAUGUAAUCCCGCGUCGUUUGAGUGCAGAAUCAAAGACUAA